AUGUAUGUGAAAUGGUUUGAUACAGGAAUGUUUUACUGUAUGAUUUUAGUGAAUUUAGUGAAUGUCACUUUUUGUAAUUUUCAAAUUUCCUGCCUUUCCGUCCCCUACAUCCUGACGUCGCAGGGAACGGAACCCAGAAGACAGAUGCCAGAGGACAUUGCCAGGGACACUGCAAGAGGGACAUCGCGGGAGCGCAGGACAAGGUAGGUGAGGGAUCCCAGAACAACGCCGCAUGGUAAGCCCGAGUGUAGCUCGGGGUACUGCUUGUGCUACACUCGGGAAUACCUCCAUGGAGGCUACAC